GGCCGUAUCCCAUGUCUCACCCUCAAUACAUCUCUGUAGGUAUUUGGUACAUCAAUCGUAAACCAGCUUCUAGAAUCCGACGUGACUCUGUUAAAUACGCAUGCGUUAUGUCUAUCACCAGUUUAAACGUACUGUCCGUUACAAAUUUUACAAUGCAAUUGCAAGAAGAUUUUAAAGAAACAUUUCCAAACUUCUUGGAAUAUAUGGAAAGUAAAAUAUUAUGCGAUAUCCACCAAUUUAAAGAACGGCGUGACGCAUGGAAGAAAAUCUUCAGAAACAAUAUAAGAGAUACCUUAGUUGUGACAAGUAACACUUUCACAAACAGCAGUGUGCAGUGCGGCACCAAUAAUCUAAACAAGAAACAUGAUUUGUUGAACAAACGAGACGAAUGUUUAUUGAAACUGAAACAACUACAAUAUAAAGAAGAACAACUUAAGGCAGAAAUCUCACAGAAUGCGACAAAUUUAAAUCAUUACCGAGAUCUUAAAUUAAACAAAGGCAUGAAUGAAGAAAAUAUGUUAAUGUGCAGAAAUUUAUGUAAAGCGUCGAAGGAACUUUUCAAAACCACUUUUAAUUAUAAAAGUCAAGAUGUUUCGGGAUUUAUUGUAGGUCCAGAUGAAAACAUUGAACCAUUCAAGGUUACCAAAAAAGCAGUAUCUGUCGAAGAGGUUUCAAGUACAAUGUGGAAACAUAUUUGUAGAGCUUCAGGGGAGGAUUGCAACUUUUCAUAAACUUCACCAUUCCUUUAAUAACAGCGACUACACGAUUAAUUUAUUUAACUGUAUUACAGAUUUAAAUUACGAAAAAAAAAUAAGUCAUUUACAAUAAACGGAUAUUUAUCUAAUUUGA